UAGUGGGAAAGGGAAAAACUUGUUUUCAGAUUUGUUCGUUAAACAGCCUUUGAGAUUUGUUUCGUUAAACGGACGGACCAGUCUUCAGAUUGGGAAGAUGGAAUGAAAGCUGCAGAAUUUUUUUGACUCUUAUAUACAUACAUAUACUUACAUACAUACAGCAUGCGUCGUAUGUAGUGGUGGAAUUCUAGCGUUGAAGAAUGGGGGACGGCAACAGCAGGGGCAUCUCAGGCAACAACAACAACAACAGUAAUAGUAAUAGGCCGGAAUGGCUGCAACAAUACGAUCUCAUCGGAAAGAUAGGGGAAGGCACCUACGGCCUUGUGUUCCUGGCCAAGAUCAAGUCCAAUCGGAGUAAGUCCAUCGCUAUCAAGAAGUUCAAGCAGUCCAAGGACGGCGACGGCGUCUCCCCCACUGCUAUCCGCGAAAUCAUGUUGCUUAGGGAGAUAAACCACGAGAAUGUGGUAAAGCUCGUGAAUGUGCACAUCAAUCAUGUCGACAUGUCGCUCUAUUUGGCUUUUGAUUAUGCUGAGCACGAUCUUUAUGAAAUCAUCAGACAUCACAGAGACAAGGUUAACCAAGCAAUCAAUCCGUACACUGUUAAGGCAUUGCUAUGGCAGCUGCUUAAUGGGCUGAACUACCUCCACAGCAAUUGGAUCAUACAUCGAGAUCUGAAGCCAUCAAAUAUCUUGGUCAUGGGUGAGGGAGAAGAGCAAGGAGUCGUCAAAAUUGCCGACUUUGGACUUGCAAGAAUUUAUCAAGCUCCCUUGAAGCCCUUGUCGGAAAAUGGGGUUGUUGUGACCAUUUGGUAUCGUGCACCGGAGUUACUUCUUGGGGCAAAGCAUUAUACUAGUGCUGUUGAUAUGUGGGCAGUGGGAUGCAUAUUUGCUGAGCUUCUGACUCUCAAACCGCUCUUUCAAGGGCAAGAAGUUAAAGCCACGCCAAACCCUUUUCAGCUUGACCAACUUGACAAAAUAUUCAGAGUCUUAGGUCAUCCCACUCAAGAAAAAUGGCCGACACUUGUGAAUCUUCCACACUGGAAUUCGGAUCUACAACACAUUCAAGGGCACAAAUAUGACAGUCUUGGACUUUAUAGCGUUGUUCAUCUCUCUCCAAAAAGCCCUGCAUAUGAUCUCCUCUCAAAGAUGCUGGAGUAUGAUCCUCGAAAGCGUAUAACAGCAGCACAAGCUCUUGAGCAUGAGUACUUUCGGCUGGACCCUCCUCCAGGACGCAAUGCACUGGUACCGUCUCAACCUGGAGAGAAGGUUGUCACUUAUCCUACUCGCCCAGUGGAUACAACCACCGAUUUUGAAGGAACGACUAGUCUUCAACCUUCUCAACCGGUAUCAUCAGGGAAUGCGGUUUCUGGGAGCAUGGCAGGGCCCCAUGUAGUGCCAAGUAGAUCUGGACCUCGGCCUGUGCCUAUGGUUGGCGUGCCAAGGAUGCAACCUCAAGGCAUGGCAGCAUAUAAUCUCCCUUCCCAGGCUGUGAUGGGUGGUGGUAUGAAUCCUGGCAACAUUCCGAUGCCAAGGGGUGUCGGUUCCCAGGCUCAUCAGCAGCAGCAGAUGAGAAGGAAAGACUCAGGGAUGCCUGGAUAUCCUCCACAACAGAAGUCGAGACGCUUUUGAGAUUGUCGUUGUAUUUCAUGGAAAACUUCUUGUGGGAGAUUGUGCAAGUGAAGAUCCACAUUUAAAAUGGGGUUAUCGCCAGAACACCAAAACUCAAGUUCAACCAGUACAUUUCCAGGAAGCAGUUUUUGAGGUGGUUCGCUCCGAUUCCCUUCUUCACACCCUUGGUCCUGAUUGCAAGUAAUUACAUCAGAAUCUGUUGUACAAGAGAUUUGAGUCCAACUUGUUCUUUCUUGUGUUGGGCUGCCAUGACUCUGCUGUAACUUAUAAGCUUAGCUUAGCCCAGAACAUUAGGUUAAAUUGAUUUUCUCUUCUUUUUUCCUUUUGGCGUAACGAAUCCUUGUGUACAAACCUGUUAUCUUACUCAAGUUAUUAAUGAAUAUCCAUGUAAAAGUAGUUACAUAUUUAGAAACAAUAUAAUAUUAAUACAAUUGCUGGAAAUAGCCUUCUCUUUUC